AUGGAAUCCUUCCGCGAGUUGCCAUUCGAAUUAACAGAGGAUUUCCUAUUAUUCCCCCCAGCCUGAUUAGCUGCAUGCAGUAGUCGAGUGACAUGACUAUGGAGGUUUUCAAUCUGAUCAAGAUAAUGCGCUCGAUUGAUUUUGCACAGCAUCACCUGGCUUAUAUGUCCCACAAUUGCGCACCAGAGAAGAGUAAAAUUGUCUAGUGAUUGUUUCCAAGCGACAUCAAAUAGCACGAUAGACGAGGCAGCGGCGUAGUAAGAGAAACUCUCGUAUUCGAGGAGAAUUUCUUCUCUUCGACGCUCCCAUUUGCGUCGAUUAAUCUGCUUCUCUGCCCGACGGAGAUUCCGCCGAUGCCGUUUCUCUGCGGCUGAGGCCGCACCUUCACUGUCCCCAUCUUCACUCUCUUCCGAUUCAUCAGACUGA